AUGCGCAAGCGCACCAUGCAGUCCGCCAUGAAGCAGAUCUACAACCCCGCGAGACAUGGUCGCGGUCGCUAUCAAACGCAAGUGUCCGAGACGGAAUUCCGAUUAUGUUCCAGGACGGUGGAAGAAGGCAGAGAGAGUGGAUAUCGACAACUCUGGCUCUUUGCCUUUCGACACUACCUCCAGAUGCCGAAAGCACGUCAGAAAAAGAAGCGACAUGCCAAAACCAAGUUCCGAGAAGCCAACGACGGAGUCGUGCACCGAAUGGCAUUCCUAGCCCUUCAACUAGGAUUCGACUCACCGCAGAUCCGACGUCUCAUAGACGACUCGCCAGAUCGCCGGCUUGCGCUGGAAGCGCUUCUAAAGGCGCGUGACCGUGAUCAGUAUUGA